AGGAAGGAGGAGAGGAAAGGAGGUGUGACGAUUGCAAGGCGAGUCCAUCCAUUUGCUUGGAUCUUGGCUUUUCAUCUGUUCACCGAUGAGUGAGGCCCGGACGACGGUGUCGUGUGUGGUGUGGGUGCCCCGUGGGGUGGCCAAGGCAGUGCCCAGACAAUAUGAAAUGACAGAUGAAGAGGUACAGACGUGGAAGACGACGGCAUUCAUCUGCAUCUGUUGUGACUGAUUGUCUGUCUGUCUGUCGGUGCAGGAGGCCCAGCUCAAGACCUUGAUGGAGGAGAGGGGCAAGAAGUACGACACACACACACACACACACACACACACACAUGAUGAAUGCUCCCUCUCUCUCUCUCUCUCUCUCUCUCCGUGUGGUCAGGGCUGCCCCCAGUCGUUCCAACGACAUCGAUGUGGACAACGACGAGGGCAAUGAGUGGGAGGAUGUCAACGACGACGACGAUGAUGAUGAUGCGAUGAUGGACACAGAGGAGACUAACACGGCGGUCAGCAAGAAGGCCACACAGCGGGUGUCUACCAGCAGCAGCAUCACCAAGAAGGCCAAGGCCAAAGCCAAGGCGGCUGCAGCGGCCGCACGACUCACCGGUACGGAAAGCUGGAUUUGGAUGGAUGGAUGGAUGGAUGGAUGGAUGUGUGCAGGUCGUGCGACCGGAGCUGACGACGAGUUUGACAUGGAGCAUUAUGAGGAUGAGGAAGACGACGACGACCAAUACGGUCGGCGCGCAGACCAACACAGACAGACGGGGACGGACGGUAUCUCUACGUUGUGUGUGCGUAUGUGUUAGGGAAGAAUUUCUUCAGCGUGUUGGACUCCGAUCUGCCCCUUGCACAAAACGAUCCAAACAUCAGAGACGAGGUACUGAUGGCUGGAUCACACAUGUGUGUGUGCGUGUGUCCUUACUGCACCAUGUGUGGUCUGAGGCCGACAGGAGGACAGCGAUGCGGACGAGGACGUGGCCAUCCGGCCCAACCAAGACCUCAUCCUCGUUGCCGCAUCGGCGGUGGGUGCAUACACACACACGAGUGGAUUGGAGGCAGCGCUAUGUAUGUAUCUACUGAUGUGGUCAUGUGUGCGGAUGUCGUCAGGAGCGUGACUUCUCGGUGCUGGAGGUGUACGUGUACGACCCCGACGCACUCGGCUUCUUCGUCCACCACGACAUCAUGGUGUGUGUCCAGCACACACACAAACAUGCACCCACACGCAUGCUCUCAUCGUUUGAUGGCAUGUGUCUGCCUGCAGGUGGGUUCUUAUCCGCUGUGCCUCGAGUGGCUGAGCCAGGCGCCCACCAAGGCAGCAGCAUCAACCGAUGGCGCACAAACAAGUAGGCAUCCAGGCCCGUCAACACCGACCCCUACCAAUGUUCUGUGACGCAUGAAUGCCUUGGCUGCAGGCAGCAAUUUGGUGGCAGUGGGGUCCUUUGAGCCGCAAAUUGAGAUAUGGUAUGUGGUGCACAAACGAUACAUCCACAUGUACAAUCGCAUUAUCUGUCGCUGUCUGUGGCUGAUGUGCCGUGUCCACUAGGGAUCUGGAUGUGUUGAACGCGAUGGAGCCACUGGCAGUGUUGGGUGGUGGGGCUACCAAGAAGAAGAAGGGCGGCGGGGCGGGGAAGGGCCACAAGGGGGCCAUCAUGUGCCUCAACGCCAACAAAAUGCAGAGGUGGGUUGAAGGGGCAUGAUAGGCGUCCGUCGAUUUGUGCAAGUAUGUGUGGCGUGUACGUGUGGUCACCAGGCACAUCAUGUGCAGUGGAAGUACCGACGAGACUGUCAAGGUGUGGGACAUCGAAAAAGCGGCAUGCGUGCACACAUACACCCACCACACUGACAAGGUAGGUGCCCCCCUCCCCCUACACACGCGUUUCCACACGUACUCACAUGCGCAAAUGUGUGUGUCUGGUCAGGUCCAGUGCGUCCGUUGGCACCCGAUAGAGCAGCCCGUCCUGCUGAGUGCCGCAUACGACAAGUCGGUGGCCGUGCUGGACGUCCGUGUGGACCAGAGCGGCACCAAGGGCGGACAGGGCAUCGUGCGCGCCCCCCUGUCAGCCGACAGCGAGUGUGCCGUGUGGGACAGGCACCACCCGACCGUGUGCAUGGUACACAACCCACCCACCACACAGGCAUACGUCCACCGCUAUGCGGGGGUGUUGCGCAGGUCUCGACCGAGGACGGCUUCGUGACAGCCUAUGACAUUCGGCAGCUCAAGAGCGACCCCAUCGCAACGCAGACCACCAAGAAAGGCAGGAAGGCCGCAUCUGGCGCGGGCAGUGAGCCUCUUUGGCGACUGCAUGCCCAUCACCAGGCCGCCUCGGGCAUCACCGACGCCGCAAGUGAGUAACAACUAAGGACACACGCAAUGCAAGAGCGGCCGUCCAGUGAUGUCUCUGUCUUUUCUUGUGUGUCUGAUUGUUGUGUGUAGUUGCUGACAUGUUGGUGACGUGCUCCGUCGACGGCGCCGCGAAAGUGUGGAAUAGAGCAGGUAGGUAUCCGUGCUGGCUGGCUGCGUGUAUGUGUACACUGACUGAGAGUGAAUGGAUAGAUUUGUGUGUUGUCCUAACACAGAUCCCCAGAGCGACGGCAGCCCCUCCCUCGUGUUCGAGAAGGACCUCAAAGCGGUGCGUGAUGAAGACGUACAAUGCAGCCGUCCCCUGAUGUGUGUGUCGACGUGUGUGUCCAUCGCAUCGCGCCUCCUCCUAUUUUGUCAGGGGAAGCUUUUCUGCUGCAGUGCCAACAGCGACGUGCCGUCAGUGGUGUCCUUCGGCGGCUCGGUGCCCGUCGUGUGGGACGUCAGCACAGAACAGGCAAUACGAGAGGCCUUUCACAUACCAGAAUGACACACACCGUGACUGAAUGAGCAUGCCGCUCAUCCCAUGCAGACAGCCAGGCAGACAAUGUCAUGCAGACAACCAACUGGUUUAGCCUUUCGAGACGACUUGAGUUAGUUUUGGUUGUGAGAGUGGAUGUCGUGGUGUGUGAUGGGACUUGUGUUUGAGACCUUACUCAAUAUGGUGGAAAGCAGUCACAGAA